AUGUUCUGGUUUCGCUUUUGGCGGUUUGGCCAAUGGGUAGAUGUGGUGGUUGACGACCGGCUGCCAAUGAAGGCUAAUCGUCUCGCCUACAUGCACUCCUCGGAUCACAGGGAAUUUUGGUCCGCCCUACUAGAAAAGGCCUAUGCAAAGUUGGUCGGCUCCUACGAGGCCCUUCGCGGCGGAACCACCGCCGAGGCAAUGGAGGACUUCACGGGUGGUAUGACCGAGAUCAUCGACCUUGGUGAGAAGGCUCCGGAGAGUUUAUUCUGCAUAAUGAGUCGUGCACAGACUCGUUUUUCGCUGAUGGCCGCCGCCAUUGACGCGCAACCCGACGAAGUGGAAGCGGAUGGCCCCUUAGGCCUCAUCCUAGGUCAUGCGUAUUCCAUCACAGAUGUCCGGGAGGUUACUGACUUGCGCUCAAAAAAGGUCCGCCUGGUUCGGUGUCGCAAUCCAUGGGGAAACGAUCGAGAAUGGGUUGGACCGUGGAGUGACAAGUCUCCCGAGUGGGCACGUCUCUCCGAGUCCGAACGUAAACGCAUCAACCUCACUUUUCAGAACGAUGGGGAGUUUUGGUGCGUCACACUUUAA